AUGUUCAGAAGCUGGUUGUCAUCACAGAGUGUUGGGGUCCGCUCAAUAUCCCAACGUGUCUUUUCUAGAGAAUUCUCUACCUCCAAAAUAACACAGGCUCCAGGAAACAAUAAAAUAGUCAAGAAAGAAAAAGUGGUGAAAAACAUCUUGUACUGUAACUUUGGGAGAAACAAUACCCAUUUGGCGCUUGUGUCAGUUAUCGAAGACUUGAACUUCCUUAAAAACAACCCAGAACUCUCUUACAAUGACAAAAUGCUUUACUACUUACGUUUGCCCCAGAAAUUGAGAAUCCACUUGUCUUGUGGUAAUGUGGGGUUCAGAAAAGCCGCCAGAGGGGAGUACGAAGCAGCUUUCCAAACCACCGUCAAGAUGUUCAAAUUAAUAGAAGAAAGAAAACUCUUUGAUGAUUUGGAAGUCGAUCUUAGAAAUUUUGGUAAAGGUAGAGCCGCAUUUCAAGCAGCGUUAUUGGGUAAAGAAGGUUUGAAAAUAAAGCCUUUGGUGACUAAAUUGUCGGAAUCGACCAAGUUGAAAUUCGGUGGUGUUAGAUCUCCUCGUGAAAGACGUUUGUGA